AUGGACAGCCUGAAAGCUAAACUGAGCAAAGAGGGAGUGAGGAUGAGAAGAGGGGAAGAGGAACAAAUUGGAAGGUGCUGCUCGUUAGUGUCUGAGGAGUGCAGCUGCCAUUCACGGAGAAGCUCUCAGAGCAUCAGUGAAACAGGCAGAUACAGAAAGUGGACUGAAGGGGUGAAAGAGGAGAGGAAAGACCUUGAGACAAAGAGAAACCAGUGGGUGGUAUUGUGCGAGUCAGGGGUCAUCCCAGUCACACUGACCAGACCUUGGUGGUUGUUGCGUGAAGGCAGCAGCGGCGGAGGAGAAGGCAGUAGUGGUGGGCUGGGGACAGUGGCAGGCCCAGGGGUGGGGGCAUGGCCAUGGGGGGGCCGCAUCCCGUCCUCCACCCUGCACCGGGACAGGAGGUGGGGCUGGGGGUCCUGGGGCGGGGGUCCAUCCAGGGGAGCACCCAGACUCUCCGAGCUCAGGCCGUGGCUAAGCGCGGGGACGGCUGGAGCGGUGGGAGGUAGUACUGUGGGAGGAGGCGGGCCAGAGAAAGGAGGCAGGGUGAGAUGUUCCCGCAGACUCUGGGUUCUCCUGGGGUCACUGGCUCUCGUCUUUCUCACCUCACUCUUCUUCUCCGUCUCGCUCCGGGGGGGCGUCGGCUUCAACUACCUGGAGCCGCCUGGGUGGGAGGAGUCGAGGCGGGUGAAGCUGGUGCCCAGCUAUGUGGGUGCACACAAGCUGUCACCGUCUGACACCCCACAGCAGAAGACGUGUGCCUGCCCACGCUGCGUCGGAGACCCCGGUGUUUCUGAUUGGUUCGAUGAGAACUAUGACCCCGAUAUCUCACCGGUUUGGACCAGAGACAACGUCCAGCUGCCUUCUGAUGUUUACUACUGGUGGGUGAUGUUGCAGCCCCAGUUUAAACCCCACAGCAUCCAGCAGGUGCUGCUGAGGUUGUUCCAGGUGAUUCCCGGAAGGUCGCCGUACGGCUCGUGGGAUCCUGGACGCUGCUUGCGCUGUGCCGUGGUGGGGAACUCCGGAAACCUCCGUGGGGCUGGAUAUGGGGCGACCAUUGACGGACACAACUAUAUCAUGAGAAUAAACCUGGCUCCCACGGUGGGCUAUGAAGAAGACGCCGGCAGCCACACCACUCACCACUUCAUGUACCCGGAGAGCGCCAAGAACCUGGCGGCCAACGUCAGCUUCGUGCUGGUUCCCUUCAAAACGCUUGACCUCGUCUGGAUCACCAGUGCUCUGUCCAACGGCCAGAUUCGAUUUACGUACGCUCCAGUGAAGCAGUUUCUCCGGGUAGAUAAAGACAAGGUCCAGAUCUUCAACCCAGCAUUUUUUAAGUACAUCCAUGACCACUGGACCAGACAUCAUGGCCGCUACCCCUCCACUGGCAUGCUAGUCCUGUUCUUUGCGCUGCAUGUCUGUGACGAGGUGAAUGUGUUUGGUUUCGGGGCAGACAGCCGGGGAAACUGGCACCACUACUGGGAACAGAACCGCUACUCCGGAGAGUUCAGGAAGACUGGUGUCCAUGACGCAGACUAUGAAGCCCAGAUCAUCCAACGGCUGGCCAAGGCCGGCAAAAUCACUGUAUUUCCUGGGAAAUAACCAGUAAAUCAGCCUGUGUAUCUAAUGUUCCAAUGCUGGUAUGGCAACAGACACUAGAGAGGUAGCUUACAGUGUGUUAGAUAGUCUCACUUUCACCUACCUGCACCAGUAAAAAAAAAAUAAAGUAAAGUAAAAUCAAAUGCUUACAGAAGGUGAGAAGAAAUAGUGGUGAUAGAAUGCUACCAAACAGCGUUGCUCUGUUCUUUUUUCCUCAUAUUUGGGAGGUUGCCCACCAACCCAGGCUUUGAUAGAGAACAUGGUGUUAGGAGUGUGUAGGAACCAGGAACUGGGAACAUCCAGAUCCAGAUGUAGUUCUCCUCACAUAAGACUGACCUUAAAGUGGGAGUUAAGCCUUAAAUCUGACAAUGAAGUAAUUGACUGUUUUCAAGAUUUUCCCACUAGCGGCCGGUGCCAGGAUGGACCACAUAUCUCUUCCCUAGGACAGCUUCAAAAAACAAGUGAGGCCUGGACUGCAGGACGGCUCAACCCUUCACCACAAAUACCAGCUGUGAACAGCACAGAGAGGGGAAGCUCUCGCAUGCAACGCCCCACUUCUGGACUCUGGUGUCUGAUCCUCACUCAUUCACAGAAAUACACUAUUCUACACACUGAAAAGGCAGAGGACCGCACCGUCGGCAUGUAGAAGACUGUUGUUCUACAGCCUAUAAGACGAUAUGUGACUGCUUAUAUCGUACGACUUUUCCCCCUUACUAGGCGCAGCAAGGCCUCGACACCUUGCAGCAGACUCACAGAAACAUGGUCAGGAUGUUUGCCUUUUGGUCAUUGUGACUCACAGUGAUCAGUACAGCACUAGCAUGAGCUUCAGCUGCAGAGCCAGCUAGCCUGGCAUGAAGCACCACAGCAGCUGCAGUUGCUGCUACAGUCUUUAUUCAAACCCAGACACAGGGAGAAAUGCUCUGCAUGAGACUCCAAUGAGGCCAAAAGUCCAUCUCCUGGGAUUUCAUGUUUGGAUGGAGGCACGCUGGUAUCCGGACCAGAGUUUGAGGGUCUGUUUUGAGGGGGGAGGACUGGAGAGAGAGAGCUGGAACAUGAAGAACCAGUCCGACAAAACCAGCGUGUGAAACACAUCAUUUGCUUGUGUGUGCACGUGGGUUCACUGUCGUUGAUGUGCAGCACACUCACGCUUCGGCUUCACCGCUUUGGCUCUGAAAGGGCUUCUUUUCCUUUCAACUCAAACCUGACUCCUGUAUCCUGGUGGAGUUAGACUGUCAGGGGCAUUUUGUCCCAGAUUAAGGCCCAUAUUCACUAAAACCCCACCGGAUCUGGGAUUCUUUAACAGCUCGGCUUCAUUAACCACUAGCCCUGGACCCUGCCCAGCCAAUCCAGACUUCAGCUGUGUCUGGAGGGGCUGGAGCCACCAGACGCCUUAGACUUCACCUCCUUUUCUGAUUUUCAUGAUCAUGGCAUAUCCCACUGCUGACUGCACAUUUCAUGUAUUAGUUUAAUGUACUGUUUACACCUUUGCUGGAUUUAUACUGUUGGCUCAGAUUAGAUUUUCUUUUCCAUCCAGGUGGCACAUCAAUGGUUUUUUCAUGAUUUGGUCUCCUCAGAUAAUACCCAUUUAAACAUUUUUAGCCUCCAAACAAAUAGCAGUCACGGGAGUGCUGCGAGACUCUAUCAAAAAACAGAAAUAUCAAUGGAAAACAGAAAAUGGGCGACACAGAGAGGGAGGAAAGUAAAAGUAUUUGGUUGGAGCUGAGGCUGUACAUCCAUCCAAAGAUUUGUUUAUCUAGAAGCAGCAGGUGGCUGACAAGGAAGAGUAGUCAAGGUUCCUAUGCAGGUCUGGAAAAUAUGGAGAAGUGGUGACUGAGUAAGUCUUUCAAGGUGUGAUAAGUCAUAUUUUACUGCCCCAUUUCUCAAAGUAAUGUAUUAUUACGUAUUAAUGACUCAGAACAGUUACUUCAUGUUGUUCAGAGAGCUCUGGCUUUUAAAAGUCAAAUUAGAAUUUGAUAAACAUCAAAAGACAAUUCAUACGUUACUUAAAGCUCCUGAAAAUUUGAAUUCAAAUGAAGUAUUUCUCGAUAGGGUUAAAUAUUCAUGAAUAAAUAAGCAACAUUUCAAGUUAAAGGUACGCUGUGGAGCUUUUGACCACUUGUGGCACUGUGGGGCCAUGUUUUUAUAAGCGGGUCCCUGGUUUGUUCGUUCUCCACCUUUGGCUAAUGUGUCAGGAAAGGCAGGGAGGAAGAAGACUGCUGCAAGUAAACACGGACAUAAGAAAUGUGGGAUUUCAAAUAUUCAGAAGUUGGCUUUGUGGAUAUAAUGGGCAAGGAAACGCAUUGAACACAUUUGUUAGAUCUCUACACACACCUUGGUUUUAAUGAGCAACAGUGAAUGUAAAACCGAUCAAACCAGUGUUUUCAUGACUCAGUAAGAAGUUUUCAGGGUCGUUAAUGUUCCUUUCAAACUAGAAGACGAUACAACUUUGUUCCCCUCAGAGUGAGUCAGUAUAUUGUUUUAGUGACUAAUAAGAUGCGAGACAGUGGGCUAAAAAAACAAAUCUGCCACCUCCAAAAUGGUAAAGAAAGAUAGACGUGGGAAUAUAAACUGUGUAGGAACCGUGAGUGCAAGAAAUAACAGCCACCUGUGUGUGUGUGUGUGUGUGUGUGAGAACAGAAGCUCAGAGACGUUAAAAGUUGAAAGGAUUUCGACACAUGACAUGAUGAAGCUCAUUCUUAGUGUUUCGUGCAGUUUGACCGUUGCUCUCGCUAAGAAAGGUUUGAGGUAGACGCACACAUAAAUGAGGAUAGUCAGGGUGUCAUACCGCCCCCAGCAGGUGAUGUGAAGAACUGUGCCUCCUCCGCUGAUUCCAGUUGUGUUUGUGCAUUGUUGUGUUAUCUUUGGAUGAUAUUGUGUAACCACAUGUGAUUCUCAUAUAUCACCACUGUACUUUAUCUGCUUUCAAUGUUCUUAUCCUCCUUUGCACAUAACAGAUUUUAUAGGAUGCUUUAGUGUUGAGCUGGGCUCAUUUUAACUGUUGGUGUGGCUAAAUCUGGACAUAUUGUUUGUGUUUUCUCUCACUUUCACACACACACACACACACACACACAUAUAUAUAUACACACAUUAAUGCUUUUGUGCCUUUUCCUGCUGCUGGACAUCUCUCGCCUACAGCUGCACCAUCUGCAACACACACCUGCUACCUUUGCAUUUUUUAGUCUCUCUCUCUAUUACACACACACACACACACACACACACUUCUUCAGGCUGAGAGCUGUGCCUUCUGAGCUGUACACACACACACACCUACAUGAAAACACACACCCUGCCUUCUGCUUGGGGGGCAGACGCCUCCCGUUCUUCACUUCUUACUGCUUCAUACACUUCCAUUGUUUUGUAAAGAUCGCCGGAGGCCAAAGGAGAGGAUGUAAACUGAUGCAGUGUGACUUGCCGUGAAUUCAUAUUAGGCCAUUUGCUACUUUUUGGAACAUGUAGUUUAUACCUUUGAGGCAUUUCUGCUUUUCAUGAUAACAUAUAGUGAGGAAUGGCAGGAAAAUGGCAGACAGAGAGGACCAUGCACUGGAUCGUGUGCCUGUAAAGAUGUGCCUGUCUCCUCUCUCUGUAUCAGAUUCGAACUAGAAAUAACAGCUGGUGAGGAUGACAAAGCGUCUGAAGGUUUAGACAUAUCAGUGUGUAGUGUUGCUGUCAUGAUUAAGUGUUUUCUUGGAGUUGUCAGCCACCGUGGGCCCGUGUUCUUGAUGUUUGUUUCCCAAGAUGCUCCUUCCAGCCUCAGAAUGAAUGUAAAUUGUUUGAGAGAUAAUGUCAGAACAGCUCUGGGCUCUCUGGCAGGAGGUCAACACAUUCCUAUCACAUUGUUGCAGCCUGCAGUGCGUAGUAAAGUCUUCAUAGUUCACUGAGACCCUGUUCCAGGGUGGAAACUGUUAUCCGCUUCCUCAAUUUCUUGCAGUGGUAGACCAGAACAUUGUGAUCAGAUAGCGAGGGGAGCAGGGUGAUCCCUCUCUGCUGUGUGCCAGCCUGAAUUAGAGUCGGGUUUUUGUUCCACCUCCAGUACAUGACACAGAUCAGAGAGUGUUCCAACCUAAAGUAGGUCUUUCCUCCUGCCGCUGACCCAGUACACCCAUUCUUUUUCCUCUGGAGUUGAAGCCUAAAAUAGCUGGAACAAGCACCAGUUUUCAGGUAAGUGUCUGAAGAAGUACAGAGCUGCGUUGGUUGAGAGCAUUUUUGGAAAUGUGGCCUUUGUGAUGGCCAAAUGUCCAGGCAGCAGCAUGUUUUCCUGAGUGAACGCUGGUAACGGUGACAGAAACAAGUCAAAUGAAGCUGACUUGUGUGCUGAGUCUGUGUCACAGCUCAGCUGGACAGAUUUUGAGAAUCCCACACUAGACUCUCCAAAACAUCCCGUACUAAUAUGAGCUGUCUUCUACUUUGCUGUCAGAGGCACCGCUCUCACCCACGACUGCUGUUACACCAUGUUGUCUCAGUAUGGUUUGAGGCACAUUUCAGUAACACACCUAAUCACUGACUGCCUGAAAGCGUGUUAUCAAGCUUUGUAUAACUGCACAAAGCAGCCGACACACACCACAGUUUCCAUUUUGUGGACGGAAAAAGAGCCACAUUAAACUCAUUACAUUUACGUUUUUACGGCAUAAUUAAAGAGAAUGAGCCUGGAAAUGAACCCAGUCUGAAAGCACACCUGUUCAGCUGGGGAAACAGUCACAAUACAUCUGUGCAACAUCUCAAUCCCUUACAGGCGUCUACUUUAAAGGAAUAGUUCAACAUUUUGGGAAAUAUUCCUCAAUUUUUGACUAAGAGUAGGAUGAGAAGAUUGCCACCAACGUACAAAUGUCUGCAUGUUUGUUAUGAGGCUUCGGCCAGGAGACAGUUAGCAUAAUUAAGACAGGAAACGGGGAAAUGGCGGGCGAGCCUGGAGGUAACCGCUCCAGGCAGAGAUCCGCUGUUUGGCACACAAUCACAGCAAAACCACAAAUUGUUUUUACACAAACAAGAUAUAGCAGUAUGUGUAAAGAGCAAGGCAAGUUGUCUCCAGUUCAAGCUAAGCCAAUACGAGGUACAAAAUCUUCUCAUCAAACUUUCACAGGAAAGCAAAAUAAGCAUUUUUCCCAAAGUGUCAAACUAUAUACUUGCUGGGUUUUUUCUAGAUGUGCUUUAGGCUUUAUUACUCUAAAAUAUUAGAGAGCCUCAUCACUGAGCUAGUGUUAACACCAAAUCAGAAAACUGGGUUGAUUUGUGGUAAUCUGGCAGGAGUCACUAGACAGUGUCUCCAGCUUUAACAUCAAGAGAGUCUGUGUCAGAGAAAAAUACUUAGACCACUCAAACACCACUUAGCCUGUUUCCUUCCAGUUGCCAUGGUUAACGUGGCUGCAGCUCAGGGUGUUCUGAGGUGAUGGAGAAAAGGUUUCUGCAGCAGGGAGAGAAGUUCCACUGACUGGAGCAGACAGAUCUUGGUGGAAACACGGCUGGUCCCGGCUGUUGACCCUGUGACAUGGCCUGCGACUGCUGCCAGCUUGCAGCCUCGGGCAGCUCUUUCCUCACCACUUCACCGGGCUGCACUGAGCAGAAACAACUCUUUAGCAGCAGCCGCUGAGCUGCAGCCUGCACGUAUCAGACCGUCUCUGUGGAUUGUAAUGCUAACAUUCAUACCUCCAUCAGCUAUUGUGCUAGCACUCUGCAAUCAACUAUGAAAUAUCAAGUAGGAGUAAAGGCUGCUUAAUGAAUACAUCUGCCAUAACAGCAAAUGUACAGGUGGAUCAUAAGAAACAGACGCUGGAAUUUCCACAGUUUAGUCUCUCAGAGGUGGUUUCCUGCUGUCCGGAUCUGUCACCAUCUAGUCACAGCUUUAAUGUCUCAUUCUUCAGUAGGACUACCUUAUGGACAAGGUGGUACAUGUGUAUUUACUACAUUGAAAUAUAUGUAUGAUAUGUGAUCCUACUCUU